AGUGACAUCACAAGGACGCUGUAUAAAAGCUGAAAGUGGGGGAAAAGUGAAGAUCUGAGCUCAUUUGAGGAGUUUUCCAAACCCACAACCAGUCACACGCUCUUCGGAGAGGACGCUGAUAUCGAUGAUGGCCGCUCACAACCAGAUCAUGGCCGAUUACAAAGUGGUUCUGAAUUGCUGGGAAGACGUCAAGGGCGACUACGCGGGUUACGGAGGAAAAGUUCUGACCCGUUUGUUUAAGGAGUAUCCGCACACUAGGAAAUUCUUCCCGAAGAUCAAGAGCAUCCCUAUGUCUGAUCUGGAGGGAAACGUGGCGGUGGGGGCCCAGGGCGCGAUCGUGCUGAGGAAGCUGGGCAAGCUGCUGGAGGCCAAAGGAGAUCACGCUACCAUCCGCAAACUGUUGGACACCUCACAAGACAACACGCACAAGAUUGACCUCAGCAGUUUCAGGCUGAUCACUGAGGUGCUGGUGGAGGUGCUGGUGGAGAAAGUGAAACGGCGCGCACUUGAGACAGUCAUGAAGCACCUCAUCGACGUCAUCGCCCUCUACUACAAGGAGAUCGGAUUCGACGAUUUAACGACAAGCUGAGCGUCACGAACUCAGCGGGAUCAUAGAAAAAGCGCCAUAGGAAACAAAUAAAAAAUAAACAUGCAACUGUGUUCAGAGAUUUUUGUCAGGGCAGCGCCAUGUUUAAUUUUGGCGGGAAUGAAAACGAGGCUGGAGCUGAAGUACAGCGCGUUUGAUGGAUUGCCAACAUGCUGAUCGUUCAGCGUUAAACUUUCAGUAGACAAAACUCCAUAAACAGUUUUGAAAAUUACGUGAUCUUUCUACAGCGCGUGUACAGUCCCUCACAGCCUCGCUUUCAUCCGCGUUAGAUUCAAAAUGAUGAAGGUCAACUGGAAUGAGCAGAGCCAAUCACGUCAGGUUUAGAAUGUCAGCUGAUCUGAUGAUGUCAUGGCGCCUCAGAUUAGGACUUCAUUUGAAUUGCACUUGAGUGAUUGCACAUUAAUAAAAUCCUUUUUAAUUUGGGAGAAGAUUUCAAUUGAAAUAGUUUAAUUCCAAUGAUGCCCAUAGAUAUUUGCUUCUCUACACUUGCUUUGUCUUACUAUAAUUAAUCUGCAUUAUAAAUCAUUUGCUUCGCUUUUGUAAAGCAACACUUAUUAAUAAAUGACGCUCUUAC